AGUAAUGAUGUCACAGUGCACAAUGUGGAAAUUUACUAUAUUUUUAAUUAUUAACCUUUAUGGGCUAGUAUGUGUGUGUAUAGGGAAGUUAGUAACAAAAGAACAAUCGUGUUCAAAUCUCGAUAUACCGAAAUUUGAUAGUUUCGACUUCAAUAAGUUUGCUGGAACGUGGCAUGAACUUGGUAGAUACCCGCAAGCAACACAAAAUGGUCAGUGUAACCGUGUCGAAUACGGGGCACCGGAUAUAAAUGGUGAAAUAUCAGUAGUGUACAAGCAAAUUGUAAAUGAAAGAUGGACUUCGGUAUCCGGAUCAGCCACAGCCGACAGCACUGGACAAAUUACAGUUACAUUCACUGUCGACGGCCAGCCGAGACAGUCAAUUCUUCGAGUUUUGACAUUCACUCAACAUUAUGCAGUUUUGUUUAGCUGCAGUGACCUGCCAAACGAAGGAAGUCAAUUGGGCAGUUGGAAACUAAGCAGGACGCCUUCAUUAGAACCGCAAUAUGAAAAUGAAAUGAAUGAGUUCAUCGCCAACAUUUCCGUUCUUGAACCUAGCAAAUAUGAACAUACAUCCCAAACAUAUAGACAUCUAGCAAAUGUCUUUCUCUAUGGAUAUUGUAACACCACCAGUAUCAGAGGCGUUGACAACUUCAACAUGUUUGAUUAUUUGGGAGAAUGGCAAGAAGUAGCUAGAUACCCACAGACAGCACAGACUGGUCAGUGUAACCGUGCUAUAUACACUGCUGGGGUACUUCCUGGUGGCGUUAUCUCAGUAACAAACCGACAAGUUACUGACGGAAAACUGCAAACGAUAUCAGGACAGGCUGUUGUUAGCAACGAUGGAACCGGAAAAUUGCAAGUUACCAUCAACAAUAACACCGUGGACUUUUACGUCCUUGCGACCGACUACAAAGAAUAUGCUCUUGUGUACAGCUGCGAAAAUGUAGAACAUGGAAUACGACGAGUCGGUAGUUGGAUGCUUAGCAGAACAGGACUACUGAGCCCAGAGAACCGUGAAGAGAUUAGUAAAAUCUUUGAGUUGUACAAUUCUGAAGGUCUAGAUGAACAUAACUACCAGCCCACAAGCCAGAAACCAGACGACUGUUAUUACUACCCCGAUUUUGAUAAAACAUGGGAAUACGUCGAGCUUCCAGAAGCUUGUGAUAAUAGAAUCAAAGGAAAGGAGCAAUUCGAUUUGCAGAGAUACACGGGAGAAUGGAUAGAACUCGCUAGAUACCCACAUCCAACACAAACAGGUCAUUGUAACCGUGCUAAAUACGAGUUACUUCCUGAUCACACCGUCUCAGUAACAAACCGCCAAGUUGUGAACCAAAGACUUGUAACGAUAUCGGGACAGGCAGUUCUUGCCAGCACAGAUGGAACUGGAAAGCUGCAAGUUACUUUCAAUAUCAAUGGCGAGAAAAGACCGUCAGAAUUUUACGUCCUUGCUACCAACUACGAAACUUAUGCUCUUGUAUACACCUGCGAUACUUUACAAAAUGGAAACAGACGAGUCGGCAGUUGGGUGCUUAGCAAAACAGGAACACUGAACUUAGAGGACCAGUUUGAGAUUGAUGCAGUCGUAAGCAGGACCCAAGGUCUCCAUAACGAUUACUAUCAGCUUACAAGCCAAGAACCCGACGCUUGUUUCUAUUAUCCAGAGUUUGAUCCAACAUGGGAAUACGUCGAGCUGACUGGAGAUUGUGACACCAGAAUUAAAGGAGUUGCGGAUUUCGAUGUGGAGAAAUACACGGGUGAAUGGAUAGAACUUUCUAGAUACCCGCAGCCAACACAAAAUGGUGAGUGUAACCGUGCUAAAUACGAGUUACUUCCUGAUGGCACCAUCUCCGUAUUGAAUAGUCAAGUUGUUAAUGAAGGACUAGGGACGAUAUCAGGACAGGCUGUUGCUAGCAAGGAUGGAACAGGAAAGUUGGAAGUUACUUUUAGUAAUGUAAAUGAAGCAUCAGACUAUUACGUUCUUGCAGUUAAAUAUGACGAAUAUGCUCUCGUGUACAGCUGCUCGAAUAUAGGAAACGGAAAUCGACGAGUCGGUAGUUGGGUGCUGAGUAGAACAGGGACUCUGAGCGCAGCGGCCACUAAAGCAAUUGAUCAAGUCAUAAGCCAAACCCAAGGUCUACUUAAAGAGUAUUAUCAACCCACACGUCAAAGUUUUGCAUCGUGCUUCCACUAUCCAAAAUUUGAUGAACCACAGCAAUACAUCGAACUGCCUGGCCCUUGCGACACCAGCAUCAGAGGUAUUCCGGACUUCAACGUCUCCGCUUACAAAGGCACGUGGAUAGAAGCCGCUAGAUACCCACAGCCGACACAAGCUGGACAGUGUAACCGUGCUAGUUAUACCCCAAUUGCUGUCGGCGUCGUUUCUGUGAUGAACAGUCAAAUUAUAAAUGGAGAAAUGACCACGAUAGAAGGAACAGCCAUUGUCGCACGCGAUGAUGGAACUGGGGAGUUCAUAGUUUCUUUUAAUGUCAAUAACGAGAUCAGGCGAUCUAACUACUACGUAUUGUCAACGGACUACCUCAGUUAUGCACUUUUAUACAGCUGCGUCGAUGUAGACAACGGAAGCAAACGACGAGUUGGCAGCUGGAAACUAAGUAGAACCGGAACACUGAGUGCUCAAGACAAUGCUGCUAUUGAUGCAGUGGUUAGCAGAACUCAAGGUCUCCUCGAAGACUAUUACCAAACCACGGAACAAAGUGUUGAAACGUGUUUCCAAUAUCCCAACAUUGCUCUAAAUGAUGAUAUUAUCAUACCUGGCCAGUGUGACCAGACCAUUUCUGGAAUUCCAUAUUUCGACGAGAAUCAGUUCCAAGGAAACUGGUACCAGAUUAAAAGAUACGACCCUGUAACAACCACUUGUGUUGGUGGGAGAUUUACUCCAGAAUCCGACAGCAUCAACAUUAUUUUAUACGAAGUGGUCGAUGGGGAAUUAUCGAUUAAUGAAAGAACAGGCAGAAUCAAUUCUACUGAUAACUCCGGUCAAAUAACUAUAACCUUGCCAGUUGCGAGCUCAGAAGAAAGCGCAGAUACCAUAGUCUAUAUACUGGCUACAGACUACACCAGUUACGCGUUAGUGUACAGUUGCACCAACGUAAACGCCUUUCAAAGACAAAGAAUAGCUAAAGAUGAAGAAGUUUUGAUUCCUCGCAUACCCAUGAUCCCUACAGAUUUACCUUUUCAGUUCAAAAGAAUCCAGUUUCCCCUCAAGCCAGCCUUCGCAAUGACCAUUAACAAAGCGCAAGGCCAAACACUGAAAGUGGCGGGUUUCGUGCUUGGCAGCUGGGUCGUGAAAGGACUAUGUCGCCUGCUGGAGAGACAGCCAUCGCAUGCCUGA